AUGAUGCCUGGUAUCAUUCUCGCACCGUAUGACAACUCGAUGCGCCUUGGUCAGGGAUACAAUUCUUUCUUACAGGCGCCAUGCAUUCAAGACGCUAUGGAGUACGACAAGGCUGCCCUCAAUUCCCAGCGACGAGAGGCGAAUUCCGUGUCUCAAAGGACCAUGAAUAUCAGUGCUGGGUCUACCAUCAGGAACGGAGUUAUCUCGCUGUCUGGAACUACAGUCCCACUCGAUGAAGCGAAAUUCGCCUCUAGUGACAUGAAUGCUGUGAUUUCGGUGAAGGUCAUUAAUCGUUUCAUCGAGGGCGGUGAACUCAGCGGCAUUGUCUCGGUCAAACUGCUCGAUAUGUCCGACAAGACAGAAGUUGAACAAGCAAUCAAAGACCAAAUGAGCAGUGCGACGCCUCUCUCACACUGUGCUUCUUCAAACGCGGCAUUGAGCCAGACUGAGACCACCGUUACCGUCAACUGGUCGGGUGGCGGUCAAAUAAAGCCAGAGGAUCAGGAAUGGACCUUUGAUUCUCUCUUGCGGGCCGUCUCGGAAUUCCCAGCCAGGGUCGCAGCGUGUCCGCAGAGAAUCUGGGCAGUUUUGACACCAUAUUACCAGUCCAGGACAUUUGUUGCUUGGUCCGAGAAGAACGAGAUUACGGUGCCCCGAUUCCAGGUCGCGCAAGCAUAUACGUCGGAUCUGGUUGACAUGUACAUGUUGUAUAAGAACAACUUGGCGCGAGUGCAGAGUGUACUCUUCGAUCCGACGAACUACCUUGCCAUCGAUGGUGUCCCUCUUGCCGUGGAGGUUAAUCUCCAUGCCCUAGUGACCGCUCGAAAGCAGAUGAAAGAAGAGAUGAGGAAAAUUGUGGCCGAAGUCGACAGACUCUGCUACGAUCCUGAGACUGUGCGCGAAAUCGAAGAGCAGUCGAGGAUAGUGCCACCGGAGAUCUGGGCGACACGCCUGCCUAUCCCGUCGCAGCAGCCAAAAGAGGCUGCGGCUGCAAAGACUCAUAAGGCUUUGCAAGAGCUCCAUCCAAGCAAAAACGGUCUACCUAUAUGA